AUGUCGGAGAAUAACAGAAAUAGCUAUAAGAAUCCACCUGAUACUGUAUAUGACACUUGGAAAAAUGAGCUAGAAAUAUGGCGUCGGGUCACCGACCUGGACGCUGACAAUCAAGCUUUAGCCAUCACAUUGUCGCUGACUGGAAGAGCGAGGGAGAGGGCUGUCAAAAUUCCGGCCGAAUUUCUGGAUUCAGACCGAGGUGUUGAUGUUUUAAUUUGCGAAUUUGAUGACGUCUUCAAGAAAGAAACGAAAUAUGCCACAUAUGAGGCUUAUUCAGGCUUUGGAAAUUUUAGAAAAACAAAUAAAACAGUUUGUGGUUUACACUCCGUCAAUGAGUUCGCCACCCCGUCAAUGAGUCCGCCACUCCGUCACUUCAACGAUUGCCGUUACGACGCAGUGAACUGCUUUGACGGAUGUGGAGCCAGUCAUGCUAACUCUUCUAGACACCUGAAACUCAAACUGACUCAAGAAAAUAGUUCUUUUGGUGCAAACACCUUUGCGUGGAUUGAAAUUGGUAGUGAGUACAGCCAUUCAGAAAUAAAUGGAAAUGUUAAGGGUGGAAAAUUGAGUUUCGUUUUGGAAAAUAAGAGUAAGGUUGAUGGUAUGGAAUUGUUAUUUUUAAAAAAGCACUUGCCUAGGCAUGAUGAAGAAGAAACAAAAACAAGGGGUUUGAAUUGA